AUGAGUAGAGCACAUGUUUUGGUUUUGCCUUUUCCAGCACAAGGCCAUGUGAAUCCUCUUAUGGAUCUUUCACAUGAACUGGCCAAACAUGACAUCAAAAUCACAUUUGUGAACACAGAUUUCAUCAACAAGCAAAUCAUGGAAGCUGAGGCAACAAGAAAUGAAGAUAAAGAACAAGUGGGAAGUGAUCAGAUUCAAAUGGUCUCAAUCCCAGAUGGGAUAGAACAAGAGGAGGACAGGAAUCGUUGGGAGAUAUUAAUCGAGUCAAUCUGGCAAGUUAUGCCAAUGAAGCUUGAACAGCUGAUCCAAGAGAUAAGUGAAAAAUCAGAGAAUGAAAAGAUUAGUUGCGUAGUUGCAGAUGCUGCCAUGGGAUGGGCACUUGAAGUUGCAGAGAAGAUGGGAAUCCAUCGUGCUACGUUCUUGUCUACAUCAGCUGCGGUCUUGGCCUUGUGUUUCAGCAUUCCAAAACUGCUUGAUGAUGGAAUUAUUGAUGAUGAUGGAACACCAACAAAAGAUCAAAUUAUUCAUUUGGCGCCAAAUAUGCCUGCUAUGAGAACAAAACAUUUUCCUUGGGCACAAAUGGGUGCUGGCUUGAAUGCACAAAAACUUGUGUUCAACUGUAUGAUGAGAAACAACGCUGCAGAAAUUGCAGAGUGGGCGAUCUGCAACUCAGCUCAUGAACUUGAGCCUUCAGCAUUUGCUUAUGCUCCAAAUAUUCUUCCUAUAGGUCCACUCCAAGCAAGCAAGAGCAACCAUGUUGAUCAUUUGGCAGGAUCAUUUUGGCGAGAAGACUCAACUUGUUUAAACUGGCUUGAUCAACAACCAGAUAAGUCGGUCAUUUAUGUUGCAUUUGGAAGUUUCACCAUCUUUGAUCUCCUCCAAUUGCAGGAACUAGCACUAGGACUUGAACUCUCAAACAAGCCAUUUCUAUGGGUCGUAAGAUCUGAUAUCAACAAUGGGGCAGUCAAUGCCUUCCUAAAAGAAUUUGAGGAUAGAUUAUGUUCUCAUGGGAAGGUAGUUGGUUGGGCUCCUCAGCAAAAAGUUCUAACGCAUCCUUCAAUUGCUUGUUUCUUGAGCCACUGUGGUUGGAAUUCUACCAUUGAAGGUGUCAUCAAUGGAGUGCCUUUCUUGUCUUGGCCUUACUUCGCUGACCAAUUUCUGAACGAAACCUACAUUUGUGAUAUCUGGAAGGUUGGGUUAAGGCUUAACCGAGACAAUGGGAUUAUCAGUCAAGAAGAAAUAACAUUUAAGAUAAAGCAACUGCUCAAUGAUGAGGGUUUAAGAGCAAGGGCUUCAGAACUAAAGGAAAAAGUCAUUGACAAUGUCAAAGAUGGUGGCAGCUCAAACAAGAAUCUGAAGAACCUUGUUGAUUGGAUAAAAGCAUAAACAAAUAAUUUCAUGUCCGUAAUUAAAGUCUAACAGGGCAAGAACAAAAACAACCUCUCUGCAAGAGGGAACUUUGACGGACUUGUUCAGGAACUGAAAAAGAUCUUCCAAGUUGAUGCAUUCUCUUUCACUGGUUUGUUUUGUUUUUAUGGACUUUCAGCUGUUUCAAAGGACUGUCUCUCUGAACACCCCCCCCCCCAAAAAAAAAAAAAAAAAGAAAGAAAAAAAGUCAACAAGCCUAACAACAAAAGCUAAGAGACGAUGUUGAAAUUCAGGCCACUGAUGCCAGCGGUUCAAUUCAAUUUGCUUCAGUCUUUCUGCCUCAAGUAGAAAGUCUGCAACCCAAAAUCAUAAAGUUCAUAUUUCCAAAUUAAUUAGUCCUGGCAAUCUACAGUACUCAAUAAUAGCUCCACUUUAUGCUUCAAUGAGUAUGAAGAUAAUGCAUCAUAGAUAUUCACAGUUCCAGCUAACAUGAGACUGGUCACUCUCUUACAGCAAACUGAACACAACAAAUAUGAAAGCAAAAGCAUAUAUUGUCUUUGUUACUAUUUUAUCAAGAACAUCACGCCCACAAUGCUAUGGUGCUAUCAUUUGCACCUCUUUCAGAUGAGAGUACGCAUCAAUAGCUUAUUGAAUGCUACAUAGUAUAUUAUUUGCAUAAACAACCAGCAUACAUAUUACACGUUGAUACCAGACAACGUAUGCUUAAGGAAAAUAACUUUGGAAUGGAUGGCUUCCAUAAUGUGCCACUGCCAAUGUGCCGUGCAUGUU